AUGGGGCCUCCUCGUGGGAGAGGCGGGUUCGGCGGCGGUGGCUUCGGCGGCCGAGGCGGCGGCGGAGGUCGCGGAGGAUUCGGCGGAAGGGGCGGAGGUGGAGGCCGCGGGGGUUUCGGCGGGCGUGGCGGGGGCCGAGGGGGCGGAAGGGGUAUGCGGGGGGGCCGCGGAGGCGGAAGAGGCGGAGGGCGCGGGGGAAUGAAGGGCGGAGCGAAGGUGGUGGUGGAACCCCAUCGCCACGAGGGCGUGUUCGUUGCUCGCGGGAAGGAGGAUGCUCUUGUCACGAGGAACAUGGUGCCCGGGGAGAGCGUCUACGGGGAGAAGCGAAUCAGCGUUGAGCUGGAGGAAGGGAACAAGGUGGAGUACCGAGUGUGGAACCCUUUCCGAUCCAAGCUCGCGGCCGCUAUUCUCGGUGGCGUCGACAACAUCUGGAUUAAACCCGGGUCUCACGUGCUCUACCUCGGUGCUGCCUCGGGUACUACCGUCUCCCAUGUCUCCGACAUUGUUGGCCCGACGGGAAUCGUGUACGCCGUGGAGUUUUCUCACCGGUCGGGUCGCGAUCUCGUUAACAUGGCCAAGAGGCGAACCAACGUGAUUCCCAUUAUCGAGGACGCCAGGCACCCGCAGCGCUACCGCAUGCUCGUCGGCAUGGUGGAUACGAUCUUCGCCGACGUGGCACAACCAGAUCAGGCUCGUAUUGUUGCUUUGAACGGUCACUACUUUCUCAAGACAGGCGGCCACUUCGUUAUAAGCAUCAAGGCCAACUGUAUCGACUCUACAGUACCCGCAGAAGCAGUGUUCGCGAAAGAAGUUGCGAAAUUGCAGCAGGAGCAGUUCAAGCCAGCUGAGCAGCUGACGCUGGAGCCAUACGAAAGAGACCACGCGUGUGUGGUGGGUGGUUACCGCAUGCCCAAGAAGAAAAAGGACGGCAAAUAG